GUUUAGAGGGAGACAAUGGACAGAGACUGUGACGAGGGUGAAGGUGGUGGGGGUGAUGGGUUGCCAGAGAUACCGAUGGAAGCGUGGGAGAUGAUAGAGAGAGUGAAAGAGAUUAUGAGAGAAUACACUGACGAUGAAAUCUAUGCCAUGCUUUUAGAAUGUGAAAUGGACCUAAACGAGACAGUUCAGAGGCUUUUGUCUCCAGAGACAUUUGAAAGGGUGAAGGAGGAACGUGAAAGGAGAAAAGAGAAAAAGAUUGCAGAAGAAAAAAGGCUUCAUGACAUUGGUAGCAGUUCAGAUUUUGGGGAUAGAGGUGGUAGUCAUCGUCAUUCUGAAAACACUUCCUACAAGGGAGAGAGUGGUUAUUCUGCUGCUGAUGAAUAUAAAAGACAAUCAAUAGGUGCAGGUGAUGCCAUCUCAUCUGCUCAAUCAUCUCAAGUAUUACAGCCUGCUCGCCCAGGGGCCAGGGAACGUGCUUCAAUGGCUGAUAUUGUGAGGAGGGGCAGACCAGGGACCAGGAGACAUGUUUCAAAGGCUGAUGUUGUAGGGAUGGGCGGACCUGGUGCCAAUACUUCCAGCCUGCCAAUUACGUCAACUGGAACUUCUCCCCCUCUUGUUGGGGCAGUACCAGAACAAUGUGGUGUGCCCAAUACUUCCAGCCCGCGAAGUACAUUAGAUGAAGCUUGUUUCCCACCUCUUGGAAGAACACCAAAACGAUCCUCUUACCGUGUCACUCCUCCCUUUGUUCCGUCACCAGUGGAGGCAGAACCACACCAAGCUUUGCAUUCUCCAAAUCCUUGUGAUACAGCUGAAAUGUCCCAGGACUGCCAGCCAGAUGAGGUCGAAGCAUCUGUAUCCAGUGAACAAUUGGCAGAGUAUAGCGCUUCAGUUAUAUUGAUACAUAAUGUUAUGGCUGCAUACUUGUUAAAGCUUUGA